UGAUGCUUGAAUACUAAGGUUAUGAAUAUUUAUGCAGUUUGAAUCAUUUAAGUUCUUUCAAACAAAACAAUAUUUUCAUUGACUAUUGCAAAAAGUUCAGAAUAAUAUUAUGGAUGAACUACAUUCAUCUAAACUAGGGACUCUGGAAUUUUGGGAUCAGCGAUACGAAGAGGAAAAAAAUUCAUUCCAAACUCAUGGAGAUCCUGGAGAAAUAUGGUUCGGAGAAGAAAGUGCCGAAAGAGUAAUAAAUUGGUUAUCGAAUAAUGGGAUUCCUAAGAACUCAUAUAUCCUUGAUGUAGGAUGUGGGAAUGGAAUGUUUUUGAUAGAAUUAGCGCGAGAAGGAUUUUCUCAAUUGUUUGGAGUGGAUUACUCACAGGGGGCUAUUGAUUUAGCCAAAUCCAUUGCGGAUAAGCAAGAGUUUUCGUCAAUUUAUUAUUCAGUCGAGAAUAUUCUAGAGGGUCUAAGAGGAAUCUAUGAUAUAAUUCAUGAUAAGGGCACCUAUGAUGCCAUCAGUCAAAGUGAAAAUCCAAAGCAAAAUAGAGAACUAUAUUUAAAUAGCGUCUUUAAUAGUUUGCGUAGUGAUGGUUAUUUCAUUAUAACAUCUUGUAACUGGACCCAAAGUGAAUUAGAUGAACAAUUUUCUAUAAAAUUCAAUACUUUUAAGGUUAUUCCGACACCACAGUUCAAAUUUGGAGGAAGUGUGGGAAGUCUUAUUACAACAAUAGUCUAUAAGAAAAAAAUUAUAGAAUAAGCUCUGUUUGAAAUAUACUUAUGAUUUUAUAUUCUUCUUGGGAGUUAUUUAGGUAAUAUCUUAUAGAAACCAAAAUAUGAAUUUCCUACUUUUAUAUUUGUGAAUCAAAUAAGUUCAAUAACAAAAAUGGUAAGAUAAAAUUCUUGAAAGAACAUACAGACUUAAAAUAUUUAAAUAUCUUAAGGAAAUAUUCUAGAAAGAUAAUAUUGUGCAUUGGAGGUAAUUUAUACCACAAAAAUUAUUCUAUAUCAUAAGAUUGUUGAGGAAAUAAUAAAUAUUUAUUACAAUA